GUACAGUCAGCGAGGAUAUCAUGGAAAAAAGUAUCUGUUGGCAUACUCCUCUAUAUAUAAAUCUGUCUUUCUUAGCCGUUUCGGGUUGGGAAUGAAACUUGGUUCAACACAUAUAUCUGUCUGCUUGUGCAGGAAAAAAGGUAUCGGUUGGCAUACUCCUCUAUAUAUAAACCAGUCUUUCUUAGCCGUUUCAGUUUGGGAAUGAAACUUGGUUCAACACAUAUAUAUGUUUGCUUGUGCAGGAAAAAAUGUAUACGUCGGCGUACUCCUCUAUAUAUAAAUCUGCCUUUCUUAGCUGUUUCGGGUUGGGAAUGAAACUUGGUUCAACACAUAUAUAUGUCUGCUAGACGGGUGUGCCAACCGUUAUUUCCUUGCAAAAGCCUCAUGUGAGGCUUUCUCUGCACGAGUUUCGAUCCAGUCUUUUCAGUCGUCAGGGUGGAGUGAAAUGGAUUGGCAGCCCGAAUUUAGAGCUGGCUCAUCGGUGGACAUGUUGGGCUGAAAAAGAGAAAAAGAAAAAAGAAGAUGUGCAGACCGUGCAAGUUAAAGUAUUCAUUGAGACUUUCAAAUAUCGGAUUGUCGUAGUUUUGUCUUUUUUGGUUCUAAAAAAGUUGAGGAAAAAGACAUUUCUGCGUCAGCUUGUAUAAUGUCUGAAGAUGGUUAGCACAAAAGACAAGACCGGUUGUUGAGUCUUGGCUUUCUGCAGUCGCUGGAAUGUAUUUUAACACCCAAGUCUUCUGGUUUUGUUUUGUGCUCAUCUUAAUAUUCAGUUCAAUUAUAGGCCACCAGCAGCUGCAGCUGAUCCUCAUCCCUUCCUAAGCAAAAUUGCUACCAUGGAAGUCCUUCCUUGUGUUCAAGACAAAUCAAGCAUGGAUGUGAAGGAAUUCGAUGAAACAAAGGCCGGUGUCAAAGGACUUGUAGACUCCGGCAUCACAAAGAUACCUAAAUUUUUCACUUGUCACCCUGAGACCUUUGCGAAGUCUUACAAGGUGAGUGAUAUAGGCAUCCAGAUUCCGGUUAUCGACCUUGAAGGCUUCAAAAGUAGUGAAAGGGAGAAAAUCAUAAUUGAUGAAAUACGGGAAGCAUCAGAAAAAUGGAGUAUCUUUCGAUUGAUUAAUCAUGGAAUUCCAAUUACUGUCGUGGAUGAGAUGAUUGCUGCUGCGCGAGGGUUUCAUGAGCAGCCCAAUGAGGUGAAGAAGGAGCUGUACUCACGUGAUCCUAAGAAAUCAGUGAGGUUCUACUCCAACAUUAAUCUCUUGACCCUCAAAGAACCAGCACAAUGGAUGGAUACCUUGGCAUUAGAUUUGGAUGGGGGUAAAGUGGACCCUGCUGCAGCCCUUACUCAUACCUGCAGAGAUGCAGUGACAGAAUAUGUGACACACGUUAUCGAACUGAAGAAGACAUUAUGCGAACUACUCUCAGAAGCUCUGGGACUUGACAGUGACUAUCUCGCAACCACAGAAUUCAUGGAACGUCCAGCACUGACAUGCCAUUAUUACCCAGCCUGCCCUGAACCAGCCUUGACCUUCGGCUCACGCAACCAUAAGGACCCGCUUUUUUUGGCUAUACUCUUGAAUGACAAUGUUGCUGGCCUUCAAGUUCUUCAUCAAAAUAUGUGGGUUGAUGUGCCUCCUGUGCGGGGAGCUCUAGUCGUUAACAUGGGUGACUUAAUGCAGCUGAUCACCAAUGAUAAGUUCAAAAGCGUGGAACACAGGGUUCUAGCAGGAAAGAUUGGUCCCAGGGUUACAGUUGCUUGCUUCUUAUAUCCCCGUCCAAAACAUCUUUGUAAACCCUUUGGGCCAAUAAAGGAGCUUGUAUCCAACCAGCCACCGAAAUACAGAGAAACUCAUGUUCAGGAAUACAUUGCCUAUUACAGGUCUAAUGGAUCUAGCAAUCCAAGCCUACCUCAUUUUAAAGUACAGUAAGCAGCUGCUACCAGAUUGAGUGAUGGACCCAGAUGAAACAUUAAUAUCAGUACCUAUAAUAAUGUAAUAUAUGGUGUAAAAUCAAUAACGUUGUUGUUGCUGUUGUUCUCUGAAUUUCUGUCAGUUGUUUUAUUUCAGAUGGUCCGUGGUGUUUGUAAUACAGUGCAUCUUUUCAAUAGCCAUGACUCAUGAGAGCC